CUUCGACAGACCCGAGGAAUAGCAGGAAGAGCGCGAAUCUCCACCAAAACCUACACAAACUCCAUCAUAGACGCCACCACGACCGGGUGGUCAGUGUACAUGACGCAAACCUGCGACUUCAACAUAGCCGGCCAAGCCUGUUACCACUACUCAUCCGUGAUCAAGAACAACCCCGCCUCUAGCUGGGACACUCUGCCCUGCCCCUUCGACAACGAGAAGUGUGCCCAGAAAACCCACCGCCCGUGGGUAGCCACCUACCGCAAGGAGCACGAUGCGUGGUCAGCGAAAGUCCCCGGCAGCAGAGACUGCCAGCGCGACGAGUACCCGCCCGCCAACUUCCUCGCCGAGAACGACGGCCGCAGCGCGCUGUACAAGGACUACUACGAGGCCGAGUACCGCGGGACCAACCAAGCCACAGUCUGGCAGCUACCAGGCCAAGGCUCGCAGCAAUACAUCCGCUUCCUCAACGCCGCCGACAACAACGCCGGCGGCAACCUCUUCGGCCGCUGCGUCGAUCGCGUGGGCGCGGACGGAGGUGUCACAUCCGGCGUGGACUACACAACCCACUCGACGCCUAGCACGCGGGUCGACUGCGCCGGCAAGACAGAGGUGUGGGUGCUCGUUACGCGCGUCUACACGCGCCAUGCUGUCUCGCUGGUGUUUGCGAAUACGCCGAGGGUGGUGGUGGAUGAUGGGCUGUAUGAGAACACGUGCACGCCGUCGCAGGCUGGCGUCGACCACCGCGGGUUUGCGCUGCUGAACGAGGAUCCGUGGUUCCGGAAGCCGGGAAGGGCGGCGAAUGCGGCGCUGACUUCGCUGUAUUCGGUCGCGCCGAUGUGGAGACGGGAUAGUGGUCCCGUGGCUCGCAAUGGGAUGGGGAGAGCGCUAGAUGAGGAGGUGGAGGUGGAUGUGGAGGACAAUGCUUGGCUCGCGGAGUUGGAAGCUCGAGUAGUGCCUGCGGAGACUGUUGCGACGGUUACGGGACUUAGCCCACGCGUAGCCAUCGCGGCGUCGACAGAGGCGGCUUCUGUGCCGGAUAUGCCCAAGGAGACCGGGGGCGCGAGGUGAUGUCGGAAACAGGGAGCAGGCCUACAGUCAGAGCAUGUACGGACUUCCUCUCAACCGUUUGGACCACUUCAACAACGUUAUGAGAAGUUUGGACUGAACGACUUCCCUCUACCGCACUUCAUCGCCGGCCCCUCUUGUAUCAACACAAUACCAUCAUAGAUCUAUAUACGCGGCGCAUAUAAUACUCUGGCACAGUCUUCUCACGGUGUUUUCUCAUUCCGGGAACUCAGCUACAAUAAUAUAUCAUAAUAGACCACCGUA